UCGAAUGCACUGACCUCAGACAUUUUACAUAUGGCUUAAGUGUCCAUUUACCUUGAAUGCACUGCAUAGUAUCACCUUCACUGUUUAGGGAGGAAAACUAGCUUCCACAUUGUAAAACGCUCCUUCCUGUCUCACACCAUUAACUCUACAUCUCUCUCAUUCUCUUUUUUUGAGUCUCUCUCUGUGCAGGGGUGAGCUAAUGCAGUGCUAAAACCUCAAAGCCGGUUGCAUGCCAUGCGAAUAACAGCACAACUAAGUUUCUGACAUCAUAAGAGCAAAAGUCUUUCUUUAUCUCCACACCAUCUACCUUUACCAUCUGUUUGCCUCCCACGUGGUAGAUUAGAUCAAUGAUUUUGAGAUAUUUUGUCUGACUCUGUUUACUUCCCCUUGAUACUGUAUAUCCAAACAUCGCUAUCUUCAGUCACUAUUAUAUCCAACAAACAGCUGAACUAAGAACUGGUAAAUACUCUUCUCUCAAACAGUCAGACUAUAUUGACAACAUAAAUACUCUUUUUUUUUACUUGUGAAGCUGCAUAUAGAAGUCUAAAAAAUCACAUAAACAAUGACACCAAAAUGGGCUAAAUUUCAUUUAAAAGCCCAAGAUGAGACGAAAACCACAAUUUCCUUCCCUAUUCGCAAUCAUUCACACUUCAGCAUCGCUGGAGCCGCGAUGGCGUUGGUCAUAGAUGCACAGAAACGUAUCGUUUUGACAAGGCCCAAAUUGGCCAUACCUUUCUUUGCAUCACAUGAAAGAUCCCCAGUCAACAAAACCACCAACAGCCCCGCCCAGUGGCAUCCACGGGAUUCCAGGAGAGACGACACGUGGUGGGCUUGAUGGUGCUCAGCAGUAUCAUGGUGCAUUUGAUUACAAGGAAACUUCAGCCACACAACUUCACACCUCUAUCAUAGCUUGCUCGCUCGCUCUCACACAUCAUAUAAAUACCCCAUUCACUCGAACAGUUUGAUGCAUUCAGUCCAGAGGCAGGGCACGAGCACAUUUGGGUACCGUGAGACAGUUAACGGGCUACUUCGGCAAUAGGAGUACCAACUUUGGCGAGCAUCUUAUUCUACAACGAACUACUACUAACUACAAUUAUGGAGUUUCGGUUGACGCCGUUUUUCUUAGGAAUGUGUUUGCUGACUUGUCAAUGGAUGAUGUGCGAGACCAGCGUCUCUGAAAACCUGGACGAGAGCAUUUCGGAACUCAAUAAGUACUAUGGAGAGAAAGCCGGUGAGCUGCACAAUGGCCACCCUGUCUUUCUGUUGAUCCUGAAAGAUUUAAAGGUGAAGUUUGAGGAAACUGAACAGAAGCUCCUUAUGAGUAUUAUAAUAGAAACAUACAGUAGGAUCUUCACCCGCAUGAAAAAUGAAAGCCAGAGUGAAAACGUGAAAGAGCGACUGGAACAUGUUUUGGAGCACCUGCGGAAACUACAAGAAUACUACUUCCCGGGCAAGAGCGCUGAGCUCAGGACCUUUGCGGAAGAUUUAUGGGCGAUCAAGGAAAAUGACCCGAUGGUCCAACGCAAAGCACUGUAUGAGAUGAAGAACGUCUACAGGCAAGCGACGGCGAUGCUGAGAAAAGACAAAAAUAAGGACCGCAGGAGACGUCAAGCCAAAAACGCAAGGCAGAAGUCCUAAAGAUGGGUCCUAGUAUUGAUCAUCAUUUCACAAUAUGUAAAAUCAUUUCUUGUAUUUAUUUUAUUUAUAAAAUGAAUGUGGCACAUAUUGUGCGCAAAAUGUUCAAACUGACAGUAUUUAUUUAUUUAUUUGAUUGUUCAAACCGCAAGCCA